UUUGGAUCCUUCCACUUUCACUUUCAUGGAAAGGCAAGGUUUGAUGUCACCCUUUGGAGAUGAGAUCUAUAGCUGCCAGUAGCCGUUCAUUGCUGCGUGGCAUUGGAUGUGCUGCUGCUAGUAGGAGGCCAACUGCAUCAGCAGCAGCAGCAUCGGGUCGCUUCAACUUGGAUACCAAUCAGGACCGCCCAACCUCCUUUUUCUGUUUCCAUAGAACCUACGAAACAGCAACUUCUUCAAAUCAUGACAACAAUGACGAUGACAAUGAGGAUCAUAAAACCGAUCCCUACGAGAUGGACGACAUGGACGAUGAUUCCGACUAUGACGACGACGACGAUGAUGAUUCCCAUCAACCUUGGAAGACGCUACUAGAACUUCCUGCCCGCGCCGUAUGGCGUGCGGCGGAUCCUCAUCCUCCCGACACGGUCCGGGACGCUCAAGCCACCGUCUUGACCAAGGGAGCCGCCACGGCCAAACAGUUGCGACGAACGUUUACAGAAAUUACGGUGGCGCAUCGUGCCUUGGGCGAACGACGGGAACGAGAACGGCGACGAAUGUUACAUCGCACGGGCCAUUAUAGCAAGAGAGCCCAGCAACGCGAUGACGAAGCACAACCCGUCUUGUACGGACGUCUCGAGACAUUGGCAUCACUGCGGAAUCGAUUGCAUCCCAAUUAUGCCAUUACCAAGCGAGUUCUGGAAGAAACCAAAUCGUUAUUACAACUGUCAGACAAUUCGCAACCCAGGAGAAUUAUUGACAUGGGCAUGGGAGUCGGAUCGGCUUCGGCAGCCGCCAUGGAAGUAUUUCAGGACGAUAUCGAAUGGAUCCAUGGCAUUGAUCCGUCACGGUGCAUGAGAGAAUGUGCCAAGGAAUUUCUAGAAGAAAUCAUUCAGCAACAGCAACAACAAGCAAACAACAAUACUACUACGAGACUGACCUUGACGGGAAGCAUUGCAUCGGAAGCGUCCUCGGUUUCCACUUUUGAUUUGGCACUCUUCACGUACACGGCAACCGAAUUACCCCAUGUGGCAUCCACACUGGCGGCGGCUGCCAUUUUGUGGCAAAAACUCGCCCACAAUGGACUCUUUGUCAUGAUUGAACCGGGAACACCGGAUGGAUUCAAUUCCACCCGUGCCGUUCGCAAUAUGCUGCUCGAUUGUUGUCCACCACCCGAACGACAAGAAGUAGACGAGGAUAGUGUCGAGGAUGAGUGCCAUAUUAUUGCACCCUGCACGCACAAUGGAAUAUGUCCCAUGGAACGGCUGCAGAACCGGCAGCCGACGAACGAUCCAGAGGAUGUGCCCGACAUCACAACGGGCAGAACCAACAACAACAAUAAUACGUACACGGUCGAUCACACGGAUUUGCUCGGUCGUAGGUUUUGCAGCUUUGUCCAAACCAUGUCGUCGGGAUCGCAUUUGAAUCGAGGCGAAAAGUUUUCGUACCUGGUGGCUCAGAAACGGGUCAAGGGCCAAAUGACUGUUGUCGAGAACAAUGACAACAAGGAGCAUUCUUCUUCCUUUGAGAAUGAAAGGUUGCGAGAUUUGUUAGCGACCGUCUACGAGAGCAACUAUGACCCAGAGAGCAUUCCCGAUACGGACGCAGUUGCCAAACGACAACAGGUGCAGAACCUAUUUGAAGAUGCGGAGGCUCUCAAAGCGAAAUACUUGGAUUCGGAGGAAGAUGAUCUUGGAUUGGAACUACUGCAAGGGGACCGCAACCGAGCUUCACAUGGGCGUAUCAUACAAGCACCGCUCAAGAAAAAGGGACAUGUCUAUAUUGACUAUUGCGCAAAUCCGGGAAGGUUAAUGCGAACUCGGGUGUCCAAGGCCCUGGAUUACAGUGUUGCACCAGGGCUUUUCACUGCCGCUAGGAAAAGCCGGUGGGGUGGUCUUUGGCCCGAUGUUUCGAGCAGUAGUGAGGAUGAUUCCAGCAAACCUUAA